CUUCACGUGCCAACUACACAUGUCCAUCUGUAUGAGACACCCACACCGUUAACUCUCUUUCUUCUCUCUGUAUCUCUUUACCAUACUUAUUUUAUGAUCUUUCAUUAAUUGUUAGUUGUUUGGUGUUUGUUGUCAUCUCUAUUCCCCAGCUCAACUAGUGCCCAAUAGACUUCCUUCCCUUUCUUUUUAUUUAAUAUAUAAUUCUUCUCAUUCUGAUAACGCCUCUGAAUUCAUUUCUUUCUGGUUCGGAGAAUGGAGAUUGAGGUGGAAAGUAGUAGUAAUAGCAACAAUGGUGGCGGUGCUGGUGAUACUAGCAGCUAUAGCACUUGCCAAAGUAAUGCAGUCUCCUCAGUCGGUGGAGAGGAGAGAGGUACAUAUGUGGUGUGGGAGAAUCUGACUGUGGUGUUGCCAAAUUUUGGGCAUGGUCCAACCAAAAGGUUGCUUCAAGGGCUUAGUGGGUGUGCUGAGCCUGGAAGAAUCAUGGCUAUUAUGGGUCCUUCUGGGUCUGGAAAAUCCACACUUCUUGAUUCGCUAGCAGGUAGACUCUCAAGAAAUGUGAUAAUGACUGGAAAUGUUCUUUUUAAUGGGAAGAAGAGGAGGUUGGGGUCUGGCGUCGCUUAUGUGACACAAGAGGACGUAUUAUUAGGAACUCUUACAGUAAGAGAAACCAUUACUUAUUCAGCAAAUUUGAGGUUUCCAACUACCAUGACCAAAGAAGAGAUUUCUGAUGUUGUAGAAGGAACAAUCAUGGAAAUGGGUCUCCAAGACUGUGCUGAUAGGCUGAUUGGAAACUGGCAUUUAAGAGGCAUUAGUGGUGGUGAAAAGAAGAGACUAAGUAUUGCCCUAGAAAUCCUCACAAGGCCACGUCUAUUGUUUCUUGAUGAACCUACAAGUGGCCUUGACAGUGCAUCAGCUUUCUUUGUCAUUCAAACUCUUAGAAAUAUAGCUCGCGAUGGAAGGACAGUUAUCUCUUCAAUUCACCAGCCAAGCAGUGAAGUUUUUGCACUCUUUGAUGAUCUGUUUUUACUAUCUGGAGGUGAAACUGUUUACUUUGGAGAAACAAAGAUGGCAGUAGAGUUCUUUGCUGAAGCUGGUUUUCCAUGUCCAAGGAAAAGAAAUCCAUCUGAUCACUUCCUACGUUGUAUAAAUUCAGACUUUGAUGCUGUAACAACAACACUGAAGGGAUCUCAAAGAACUCGUAUUGGGAGGCUACCACUAUUGUGCUCUCACUCGCACUCGCACAUGUCCAAGCCUAUGGAUGCUUUGGAUGUCCCAACAACAUCGGAUCCUUUGAUGAAUAUGGCAACAGCAGAGAUCAAAGCAAGGCUAGUUGAGAAGUAUAGGCGCUCAAACUACGCAAGAAUGGCAAAAGAUAGGAUCAAAGAAAUAUCAGCCGUUGAAGGGCUUGAAAUUGAAACAGAAAGUGAGAGUCAGGCAAAUAGGUGGAAGCAACUUUCAACAUUGACCAGAAGAUCGUUUCUGAACAUGUCCAGAGAUGUGGGAUAUUACUGGGCAAGGAUAGCAAUCUACAUAAUUGUUUCUAUUUGUGUUGGUACCAUCUACUAUGAUGUUGGAUAUGGCUAUACUGCAAUCUUGGCUAGGGUAGCCUGUGGUGGAUUUAUAACAGGCUUCAUGACAUUUAUGUCUAUUGGAGGCUUUCCCUCCUUCAUUGAAGAAAUGAAGAUCUUUUAUAGAGAAAAGCUUAAUGGGUACUAUGGAGUUACAGUGUUUAUCCUGUCCAACUACUUAUCUUCUUUCCCAUUCUUGGUUGCCAUUGCACUUGCCAGCGGGACUAUAUGUUUUUACUUGGUGAAAUUUCGAUCGGGGUUUUCUCAUUAUGCAUUUUUCUGUCUCAAUAUCUUUGCCUGCAUUUCUGUUAUAGAGAGCCUGAUGAUGGUUGUAGCUUCAUUGGUUCCCAAUUUCUUAAUGGGACUUGUUACUGGUGCUGGUAUAAUUGGAAUCAUGAUGAUGACCUCUGGCUUCUUUCGGUUGCUGCCUGAUCUUCCCAAGCCAUUCUGGCGCUACCCGGUUUCGUACAUCAAUUAUGGAGCAUGGGGACUGCAGGGUGGCUACAAGAAUGAUUUCCUUGGCCUUGAGUUUGAACCUCUAUUGCCUGGGGAACCUAAACUCUCUGGGGAAUUUAUUGUGACAAAUGUGUUUGGAGUUCCUCUAGAUCAUUCAAAGUGGUGGGACUUAUCUGUUAUAUUUCUCAUUCUCAUAUGUUAUCGAGUUCUAUUCUUUGUGGUUCUCAAGUUCAAGGAGAGAGCUUCACCAAUUGUGAAGGAUCUUUAUUCAAAGAGAACUUUGCAAAAACUAGAAAAAAGGCCUUCCUUCAGGAAGAUGCCGUCUUCUGCUUCCACGAGGCACGAAACUCUCCAUUCUCUAGCUUCUCAAGAGGGUCUAAACUCUCCACUCCACUAGAAGCCCCGAAAAGAAAAGCUAUGGUGGUGGUAAUGUCAUCACAGUGCAAUAUAACAUAUGUAUAUUUAGUAGUUAUUGUUCAUACAGAAACAGAAAUCUUGUUAUACUGGGUUUAGAAAGAUAUUCUUUCUAAUUGAGAUGAUGAUAGUACCAUAGAUGGGACAUUAACCAAUUUGUACUCACAGUACUAGCCUAUGCAUGGCUAGCUUUUUCUGUUUUAGUGGAUUUACAGGAUUCAAAAAAAAAAAAAGACAGACUAGAAUGCCUUGUUUCCAACUAAAAAUAUAGUGAUUUUUGCCCUAGUUUCCUUCA